GCGCUAUCCCUUUAAGCCCGGGCGAGAUGGGAGCUGUCAGCGACAGCCGAGGCUAGAGCGGGACGUCGCCGCCCGCCAGGCCAGAGGCAGGAGCCGCGGAGCGAGCGGAGAGCGGAGGUGGCGGCGGGGCCGGGCGCGGCAGGUCCCCUCGCCGCCCGCUGAGCUCUCGAACCCUGGGCCCGGCGAGGCGGGCGGCGCCCAGUGUAAUGCGGAGAAUGUGAGAGGCAGCGCAGGGCGGUGGGGAGGAGGGGGCGCGAGAGAGGGCGGCGGCAGGAUAGAGGGAGAGACAGCGGGAGAGAGAAAGGACAGGGAACGGGGAGCAGGUGGGAGAAAAGAGAAGAGAUAAAAGGAGAGGCAGGGACAGGAAGGGGGGGGGCAGAAAGGAGUGAGAGAACACGCGGCACGGGCGGCGGCGCAGGCGAGGAGGAGGGGGCCGGCUUCUUCGGGUGGGAGCGCCCGAAGCCAGAGUUGGGCGCCCCGGCCGGGGUUCGGGAGGCGAGUACGGCCCGGCCGGACAUGGUGGGGGAGCGGGGAAGCCGGAGGGGCCCCCUCUGGAAGCGGCGGGGGACCUGAGGCGGGCCCUCCGGGAAAGGGACGCAGGGCCAGUCCAUAGGCCCCGCGGGCCGCGCUCCGGGGGCUCCGGCGGGCCGGGGCAAGGGGGCCUUUGUGAGCGCCCCAGGAGUGCGGAGCCGGGUGUGCGGCGGCGGGGAUGUGUGCGCGCCCGGGGCUGCGCGUGUGUGUGCGAGUGUGAGCGCCCGGGUGGGUGGGAGCGCGCGUUAGGGAUUCUGCUGGCAUCGCAGCGUGGAGAGCAGGAGGCAGGAGUGGGGCGCGCAGGGGAGCGCGGGGCCCUCCCGCGCACACGCACACGCCGCGCGCGCACACACAUACACACACGCACACGCCCUCCCUGCCUCGCUCGCUGCCGCUGCCACCAUCUCGGAGCCGAGCCCUGCGGAGCGGGAACCCGAGCCGGAGCGGGAACCGGAGUGGAGCAGAGCCGAGCCGGGGAAUGCGGGCCCGGAGCGGAGCGGCGCGCAAAGUGCGCGCCCGGGACGCCUCCUGUGCCCACAGGCUGUGAGGCUCCGCUGCCUACAGGCAAAGAGGGCGACUGAGCCAAUCCCAGGCUGACCCCAGCCCACUUGCAUUUCCCAAACGCCCGCCUGACCUGAGGUGGUCCUGCCCUUCCUCUCCGGCCUCCUGCACCUCCCAGGACUCAGGCUUGCCUGCCCCUCCACCUCAGAUCACUCUGGGAGUCUCUACACGGACUGGUCUCAGUUUACCCCUCAGCUUGGGGGAUCCCAUGGCCAUGUCCUCGCUGCCUUGAGUCUGUGAGGCCAUACAGCCUCCCACCUGCGUCUACAGGGCUCUGUCCCUGUGCAGCCCCUGGACCUGCUCCCAAGCCCACCCCUCAGCCCAGCCUGGGGACUCUGCAAGCUUUAGGACUCAGAGGGGCACAGUAGCAGUCACGUGCAUGCUGGAACUGCGACCGAGAGGCUGCUGCUCCCCAGGCCCCCAGACACUGAUCUGUUUGCCUCCCGGCGCCGUCUGACCCAGGUGAGCGAGAGGAUGCUGGCGGGGGGCGCGAGGAGCAUGCCCAGCCCCCUCCUGGCCUGCUGGCAGCCCAUCCUCCUGCUGGUCCUGGGCUCAGUGCUGUCAGGCUCAGCCACCGGCUGCCCGCCACGCUGCGAGUGUUCGGCACAGGACCGCGCGGUGCUCUGCCACCGCAAACGCUUCGUGGCAGUCCCCGAGGGCAUCCCCACCGAGACCCGCCUGCUGGACCUGGGCAAGAACCGCAUCAAGACGCUCAACCAGGACGAGUUCGCCAGCUUCCCGCACCUGGAAGAGCUGGAGCUCAACGAGAACAUCGUGAGCGCCGUGGAGCCCGGCGCCUUCAACAACCUCUUCAGCCUUCGGACGCUGGGGCUGCGCAGCAACCGGCUGAAGCUCAUCCCGCUGGGCGUGUUCACGGGCCUCAGCAACCUGACCAAGCUGGACAUCAGCGAGAACAAGAUCGUCAUCCUGCUGGACUACAUGUUCCAGGACCUGUACAACCUCAAGUCGCUGGAGGUGGGCGACAACGACCUCGUCUACAUCUCUCACCGCGCCUUCAGCGGCCUCAACAGCCUGGAGCGGCUGACGCUGGAGAAGUGUAACCUGACCUCCAUCCCCACAGAGGCGCUGUCACACCUGCACAGUCUCAUUGUCCUCCGGCUCCGGCAUCUCAGCAUCAAUGCCAUCCGGGACUACUCCUUCAAGAGGCUGUACCGGCUCAAGGUCUUAGAGAUCUCGCACUGGCCCUACCUGGACACCAUGACCCCCAACUGCCUCUAUGGCCUCAACCUGACCUCCCUGUCCAUCACACACUGCAACCUGACCUCCGUGCCCUACCUGGCUGUGCGCCACCUGGUCUAUCUCCGCUUCCUCAACCUCUCCUACAACCCCAUCAGCGCCAUCGAGGGCUCCAUGUUGCAUGAGCUGCUGCGGCUGCAGGAGCUCCAGCUGGUGGGUGGGCAGCUGGCCGUCGUGGAGCCCUAUGCCUUCCGCGGCCUCAACUAUCUGCGUGUGCUCAACGUCUCGGGCAACCAGCUGACGACUCUGGAGGAGUCGGCCUUCCACUCGGUGGGUAACCUGGAGACGCUCAUCCUGGACUCCAACCCGCUGGCCUGUGACUGUCGGCUGCUGUGGGUCUUCCGGCGCCGCUGGCGGCUCAACUUCAACCGGCAGCAGCCCACGUGUGCCACGCCCGAGUUCGUCCAGGGCAAGGAGUUCAAGGACUUCCCUGACGUGCUUCUGCCCAACUACUUCACCUGCCGCCGCGCCCGCAUCCGGGACCGCAAAGCCCAGCAGGUGUUCGUGGACGAGGGCCACACGGUGCAGUUUGUGUGCAGGGCGGAUGGUGACCCGCCACCUGCCAUCCUCUGGCUGUCGCCCCGCAAGCACCUGGUCUCGGCCAAGAGCAACGGGCGGCUCACCGUCUUUCCCGACGGCACGCUGGAGGUGCGCUACGCCCAGGUGCAGGACAACGGCACAUACCUGUGCAUCGCAGCCAACGCUGGGGGCAACGACUCCAUGCCCGCCCACCUGCACGUGCGCAGCUACUCGCCCGACUGGCCCCAUCAGCCCAACAAGACCUUCGCUUUCAUCUCCAACCAGCCGGGCGAGGGAGAGGCCAACAGCACCCGAGCCACCGUGCCUUUCCCCUUCGACAUCAAGACCCUCAUCAUCGCCACCACCAUGGGCUUCAUCUCCUUCCUGGGUGUCGUCCUCUUCUGCCUGGUGCUGCUGUUCCUCUGGAGCCGGGGCAAGGGCAACACGAAGCACAACAUCGAGAUCGAGUACGUGCCCCGCAAGUCGGACGCGGGUAUCAGCUCUGCUGAUGCACCCCGCAAGUUCAACAUGAAGAUGAUCUGAGGAUGGGGCAGGGGGGCAGGGACCCCCGGGGCAGGCCGGGCAGGGGAAGGGGCCUGGCUGCUGUGCUCGCUCCUUGGGCCUUCCCGCCUCCCCUCCCCGCCCAGGCCCUCCACACACACA